AUGAAUCCAGCCAGACGAAACAAGAUUGACCUAGACAAAUUAACGGAGGAAGAAAAAAAAAUGUUUCGCCUAUAUGGUAAACUGCCAACGGGAAAAGAUCUUUUGAGCCAUAAAUUGAAGGAACGGAAAUACUUUGAUUCCGGUGAUUAUGCACUUUCAAAAGCUGGAAAAACUCAAGGACCUGUUGGUGUUCAGCACCCAUCUCCUGAUAAUAUUCCUCAUGCAAAUGCUAUCGCCGCAACUACUCAUAAUUCUUCACCUGUGAAGGAAAGUUCUUUAGUACAUGAAGCUGAACUUGAUGAAAAAACGGUGGAUCCCGAUGUACAACCAGUAGAUCCUAAUGUUACAUCAAUCACAUCUACGUCUAUCCCUGAAGCUUCUAAUUCUACAUCAGCACCUGCUCCUACACCUAUAGAUUCAACCCACUCACCCGCCAACCCGAGAACCGAUAUUUGCAAUAAUAACCCAGAGUGA